AUGGCCGAACCCACCGACCAGCAGCAGGGCGGCAACCCCGCCCCCGUCGACGAGACGCCCAUCUCGCCUGUCCGCCCCGACAACGCAAGGAAGAACUCGCUCGAGAACCAUCUGAUGCAUCGGCCGAACCGUUCCGAGCUGGUAGAGAAGAACAUCCUCCCCGAAUCCUCGGCCGCACCCGGGUUGCUUGCCCACCAGAGAGAGCUCGAAAGGAGCAUGCUCGAGGACAAGCUCAACGAUAAGAUCUCGCAUCGCCCGGAUCCCGAAGCCCUUGUCAAGGGUGGGGUGCUGCACGAGGAUCCCCGUUCUGCAGAGCAGAAGUACGAGGAGGCGAUUGAGGAGGAAUACGCCAAGCGUGAAGGAGGCGCGUAA